GUACCACUGGUCUGCAGUUUAACUCUCCCUUUCGUUCACCCUCCGGACCUCAGCUAUCCCCAAAUCUGUCUCUCUCCCCGGCUUUCCUCCAAAGCGAAACCCUAACCCUAACACUGAACUUCAUCUACUUCAUUGUCUUCUUUUUGUUCUAUUCUUGCGACAAUGGGAGCAACAGAUGUGUUUGGAAAUGGUGACUGAAAGGAUCGUCGGAAAUGGGGAAAACCGAGUUGGAGCAGGCGCUCGACGAGGUUCCUGCCUCGCCGGAGCCGCCGUUGGAAAAUGCUGCUAGGAGAUGCCCUCCCUGCAGGUCGGUCGGGAGGAUUGUUAGCUUAAGAUGUGUGUCGGCGCUGCUCUUUGGGGUCGCCGUAUUGCUCUCGGGUGUAUUCUGGUUGCCGCCAUUCUUCCGGCGCGGAUUCGGCAGCGGGAUGACAGAUCUUGAUAAGCAGUACGGAGCUGAUGUAGUGGCGAGUUUCAAAUUACAGAAGCCCGUUGCUCUGCUAAAUGCAAAUGUUGCCAAGCUUCAAUAUGAUAUAUUUGCUGAGAUUGGUGUUCCAAAUACCACUGUAGCUGUUAUCAAUAUGGAGCCUUUAGGCAUAAACUCAACCAAUAUAGUGUUUGGCAUGUGGCCUUAUCCAAAGAAUUCAAAUAUAUCAACUGGGUUAAGCAUCCUUAAGUCUUCAUUUGUGUCCUUGGUUCUAAGACAGUCUGAUCUUCACUUAACAACAUCCUUGUUUGGAAGCUCAUAUUUUUUCCAGAUUUUGAAAUUUCCUGGAGGGAUUACUGUAGUGCCACCACAAAAUGCUUUUCUUCUGCAGAAAGAGCAUAUGAUUUUUAAUUUUUCAUUAAAUUUCCCGAUAUAUCAAGUGGAAGACAAAAUUGAUGAGUUGAAGGACCAGAUGAAGUUGGGUUUACAUCUCACAUCUUACGAGAUUCUUUUUGUGAGAUUGACAAAUAUAAAUGGUUCUACAGUGGCACCACCUAUAGUUAUUGAGACAUCCAUUGUGUUUGCAGUUGGCAAUAAUCUACCUUCAGUGCCAAGGUUGAAGCAAUUGGCUCAAAAUAUCAGGAAUUCUUCUGCAGGAAAUCUUGGCCUAAAUCACACUAUAUUUGGCAGAGUGAAGCAGAUUCGUCUAUCCUCGUUCCUUCAACAUUCUCUAAAUAGUGGUGCUGCUUCGCCCUUGCCACAUAGUCCAGCUCCCCAACCUAGUGUAGAUCGCCAUGACCAUCAUCAUUCUCAUAACCGUCACCAUGGACACCACUCUGAUGUGCAUGUCACACCUACACCUCCACCUGCACCUGCCCCCAAACCCCUAUACACUCAAGUUGCUCCACCUCCAUCUGGUUGUCGUUUUAGAUUUCCAAGGACCCCGAAAAGAGAACAUCAAAUUGUUCCUGUUAUGGCACCUGCAAGCCCACGUCCACACCAUUCAUCUGCUUCACCGUCCAUUGAAGUUGCACCUGCACCACCACCAUAUUUGCCUCCAAAAUCGCAAAAGUCAUCUGUCAUUUUUGCUAGUUCAAGACCUCCAAGCGAAGCUGCGAGGGACAUCAAACCUCAGAAUAUUGCGCCAUCGAUUCCACCUUUACCAUCUUCAUCGUUUGUGUCGUCCGGCCGCAGGAUAACUCAUUUGAUCUUUGCGUCAGUCCUGUAUCUAUUAUGGCUAUAGCAGCGGAGGAAAACUUCUGCUUUCCAAAGCCAAAAUCCUCACCGAGCUCAGCAGCUGGCAAAGCUGAUGUACAAGAGAGUUCAAAAGAAGCCACACAAGUAAGUGGCUCUUUCCUUUCCUUUUUCCUCUAAGCCUCUUAAGUUUUAAUGGAAUGCUGUAUAUAUAAGGACUAAGUCCUACUCGCCAAAAAUAUAUUCCAAGGUCAAAGCCACAGAGGUGGCAGGCCCUUGUUAAUCUUGUAGCCUUCUCUUUUUUCAAUGUACUAAUGUGGUAACUCUAUCUAUCUAGAUAAGAGAGAUUAAGAGAACAAAGAAGUAUGAUUUCCACAAUAAAAUUAAGAAGGAAAUGUGAUCAAAGUUAUUUCUUAUAGAAA